AUGAACUGGGCGUUUUUGCAGGGCCUGCUUAGCGGGGUCAAUAAGUACUCCACGGUGUUCGGUCGUAUCUGGCUCUCCGUCGUCUUCAUCUUCAGACUCAUGGUCUUCGUCGUGGCUGCGGAGAAAGUGUGGGGUGACGAGCAGAAAGACUUCGACUGCAACACCCGCCAACCUGGCUGCCACAACGUCUGUUACGACCACUUCUUCCCUGUCUCCCACAGCCGGCUCUGGGCACUCCAACUCAUCUUCGUCACCUGUCCCUCGCUCCUGGUCGUCCUCCAUGUCGCGUACAGAGAUGAGCGAGAGCGGAAACACUGUCUGAAGCACGGCGAGGGAUGCACCCGUCUGUAUGACAAUACGGGGAAGAAGCGCGGCGGCCUGUGGUGGACCUACCUCUUCAGUCUGCUGUUCAAGAUGGCGGUGGACGGCGUGUUCAUCUUUCUGCUGUUUUACAUCUACGAGGCGUACUUCUUCCCGCUGGUGGUGAAGUGCUCAGAGGACCCCUGUCCCAAUGAGGUGGACUGCUUUAUUGCCAGGCCAACAGAGAAGCGAGUGUUCACGGUCUUCAUGGUGGUGAUAAGUUUGGUGUGUAUACUCUUGACCCUGUGUGAGAUCCUCUACCUGCUGGGGAAGAAGUGCAGGGAGUGUAUUGGCGGUGGAGGACCCCGUGCCAUCAGGGAGAGUCCCCAGUUUACCAUGCCAGCUACCAUACCCCUGACAGAGAAAGAUACCUCUGUAUUCAAGCAGUCUGAACUGAAGAAGAUGAAUAUGGCUGACGGGGAUGGCGGAGUGGGUAAGAGAGAGGGCCCUGCUCCGGGUUACAGUGUGACUGUCUCUUGAUUUAAUUCUGGUCCUGGAGAUGCCAAUAACUUGUACAGGCUUUCCGUUCAAGCCCAGUAUUAAUACCUGAUUAGUUGCAUCAAGGCAUUGAUGAUUAGUUGAUCCGUUGUGUUUUAGUAAGUCUAGUAGUAGUUAGUAGAUAGUACAGGUCUUUGAAGAAACGCCUACGGAAAGACUACAACAUCCUGUCGUGUCUGUGUCAAGGCAAGGGCCACAUAUACUGUUCAGUGUGAGUAUAUGGGUCUGAUACUCCAAAAUGUUGUUUACAAAGUCACUGCCAAAAU